UCCAAACUUAUAAGGCUAGAACCUUUACGACCCAUUCCUGCAGUGAGGUUGCUUUGUUAAUAUCAUACAGUUAGUUUUGUGACAGUAUGCAUUCCAUUCUGAGAUCUCCCAACCUUCUAAAAUAUUUUUAUUUGCAUACAUUAAAAUUCAUUCUAGUGCUAUAAAAAGUCCUAUAAGUUUUGACAAAGGCAAACUGUUGUGUAUCCAUCACUCCUGUAUCAUACAUAAAACUUCUCUCCACAAAUCCCUGCUUCUUGACCUAAACCAACCUGCCUGCAAAUAUUAUCAAUGGCCAUGCCCUUAAAAAAGUAAUUAUCCUUAAAAAAAUUCCUAAGGGGCACAAUCCCCCUUACUUUUAAUUUUCCAUACUCCUCAGCCCAAAUCUCCUUGGCUUCUUUUUUCCCCCUACUUCCUCAACCCCCACUCCCAGCUUGCCUGCAUUUCCUUAAGGAAGGGUUUUUUCCCCGGUCUCUCCCUCCCACACUGUAGGACUACAUGAAUAGGCCAGAUGAGCAGUCAAAUUUUCCAAGAAGUAACUUCACCAAAAUGUCCAAUGAUAGGCAAAGAUCCAAUGAUGAUACCCCCAGCACCAGCAGUGGUAGUUCAGAUGCAGAUCAGAAAGACCUCCCUGCUCCAGACCCUGAAGAAAAAGAAGAAAGAAAAUCCUCUGUCACCCAGGGGAAAAAAUAUACCAAACUCUCCAGAAAAACCACUGCUGAAUUAUCUGCUGUUGUGAAAGGACUUCAGAAGGAGCUAACUGACGUCAUCCACGUUGCUCCUCCCUACUUCCAUGCUGGGCCUAAAGGAGAUAACAUUUAUGAAUGGAGAUUAACUAUAUUUGAUCCACCAAGUUGUGUGCAUGAAGGUGGUAUGGUUUUUCUGGAUACCACAUUUUCAUCCAAUUAUCAAUUUAAGCCACCAAAAGUUACUUUUCACACCGGAAUCUAUCACUGCACCAUCAACAGUCAAGGACUUGUGUGUCUGAAUAUCCUUAAAGACAACUGGAGUCCUACUUUGACAAUUUCAAAGAUUUUGCUGCUCACUUGUUCUUUGGCAGAGUGCAACUCUGCAGAUACUCCAGUUGGAAGCAUUGCUUCUCAGUAUUUGACGAACAAAGCGGAACAUGGCCAGAGAUAG